CCAUGACUAGCCCACAGGAAAAGUUGCUCAAUGUUAAUGUUUGACAAGAAGGAAGAAGGGCCUUGGCUGCCAUAUCUCAGAGUGUCAGACAACACAGCCGCACUCUUUCAGUUCUCCUUACUACCUUAACACGAGAGUUCGUCUGCAGCUGUGUAAAGGAAUUACACUUUUAAAUAGGAAAGAGAGAAGAGAGACAGAAACAAUGGAGGUGCUGGUGCUGGUCGACUUCGAAGGCACCAUGGGAGACGAGAUCACAGUAAAGAUGGGGGAUGUGGUCAAAAACGUCACCAAGGCCAGCGAGGAGGGAUGGCUGGAGGGGGAGCUGAGAGGGAAGAGAGGCGUCUUUCCUGCCAACUUUGUCAAGGAGGUGCCAGUCUAUUUGAUAGGUGACAACUACAGGGAACCAAGAAGCCUUAGAAAAACAAAGAAGUUGAAACAGGUGAGGAAAUGCGAGGUGGCGUUUGCCUACAACCCCAUGAAUGAGGAUGAGCUGCCGCUGGUUGUUGGAGAGACUGUAGAGAUCAUCAGAGAGAUUGAAGAUGGCUGGUGGAUGGGGCUGAAAAACGGCAGAAUUGGAGCAUUUCCAUCCAAUUUUGUCAAGGAAGUAUUUGUUUCCCCAAAAGAGGUAAAGCACAGUGAGGGCAAGACAAGACCCAAGCUCACGGAAGCAGUGUUCAAUAAAGAGAUAUCUCAAAGAGCAAGUGUGAGGAACAAAGCAAAGCAAGUUGUGGAGUGUUGCCAAGCCAUGUUUGACUAUGAGGCCAAAGCGGAGGACGAGUUGGGUCUGAAAAAGGGCGACGUUGUGGUGAUCCUGAGAAAGGAAACAGAAGAUGAAGGCUGGUGGGAGGGAGAGCUAAACGGACGCUGUGGCUUCUUCCCUGAUAACUUUGUCAUGGUGAUUCCAGCGAGUCUAAAAUCUGGGACCAUAAGCCAACCACCUCGCAACCUUGACAAGAAGCUCCCAGUGAAGACAGACGCCUCUGCGAUGGAGAAAGGUGGACCAGCAAAGACAAAAGAUGAUAAACCGGAUGGUAAGGACCUCAGAAGCAACCCUCCAACCAAAGUCAAGCUGCCAUCUUUCAACAAGCCCAGCCCUCCUCCAGUCAAAGACAAACCCAACAAGGUUUCACCAAACAGAACCAAUGGUGAUGGGGCUCCUGUUUCACCAAAACAACCAGAUGAGAAAGACACCAAGCAGUUUGAAGGCGUAGAUCUGCAGACUGAAAAGCUGAGUCAUCCUACCGCAAACAGAGCCAAACCCCCGCAGAGGAGACCACCAUCAGGCCUGGCCACAGCAGGUACAGAAAAUCUACUGCCAUCACCUGCAAAGCCUGAUCCUCGACCCAAGACGCCGCCUCCGACUCGCCCAGCACCACCUAAAGUGACUUUGGAUGGCAAGACUGUUACGCCUAAAGACGAACCGACUGUGGAGAGCCUGCAGGCGGAAAUCAAAGAGCUGAGGAUGUUUCUGGAGCUGCUGCAGACACGACAGGGGCGAGACAUACAAGAAGUGAAAGAAGAACUGAAGGAGGAAAGAAACAAACGAGUGGCACUGCAGGAGGAGGUUAAAGCUUUGAAGAUGAAGCAUUAACUCCAACACAGACUGGGAGUGGGCUGCCUGUCUGCCACCGUGCCACACAAGCUUGUAUGCUGCAGAUAAGACGAACAUUUUUCUGACAUGGAAUGCGCACGGAGAAGACGAGCAAACCCUCCAACUGCAGGCACACAAUCCAAGGGCUAAAUAUGAAAGGUUCAACAAAAGGAUCAAGCUAACCGUGCACUGAACUGGAGAAUCCUGAUCCUUCAAAAAGACUUUUACUGUCAAACUUUUUACAUAUUUGAAUGCUGGAAAUCUCAAAUAUUGGUCUGAGUGGGUUAUUCUUGGUUUCAAGGACUGUUUUGUACUUUCCUCUUUCAACUGUCAUCUUUAUCACUCUUCUCAUAGGAUUUACUGUCCAACUGUACUUUUUUUACAUCUAAAAUAAUGAAUGCAACAUGUAAUAUAUGCGACUGUGCAUAAGAGGAAAUAUUGUCAUGUCUUUUGCAAAGACCUAAAAUAUACUUUUAAGUCAAAGCACUGUUAUCUGAAUGUUUGAACAUGAAAAAACACUGACAAUAUCAUGAACUGAUAUGCAGGGGGUUAUUUAUAACAGAGUGUAAUGCCUACACUGAUCCACUAGGUGGCACUGCAUGACAACUUCACAUGAAGAGGACUCAACUUUUUAGUGAAUGCUGAAUUGGUUGAAGGGAUUUGGUGCUAGAAUGGACCUCACAUUUGAAAAUAGUAUAAAAUCCAGAAGGGUGCAUGUGUUAACAUUUAUGCAAAUUAGUUAUUUUGUGAAACAUAGACUUGUUGAAAUAUCUCAGGAGUUAAACUGAGGUUGUGGUCGCCUGUGUUUUUUGCAUCCAUCCAUCCAUCCAUCUUCCUCUGCUUAUCUGGGUCCGGGCCGUGGGGGUAGCAGUCUCAGCAGGGAAGCCCAGACACUCCUCUCCCCGGCCACUUCCACCAGCUCCUCUGUGAGGACACCGAGGCAUUCCCAGGCCAGCUAAUAGAGACAUAAUCUUGCCAGCGUGUCCUCGGUCUUCCCCGUGGCCUCCUCCCAGAUGCACAUGCCCGAAACACCUCCCCAGGGAGACGUCCAGGAGGCAUCCUGAAUCUUGAUGCGGAGGAGCAGUGGCUCUACUUUGAGCCUCUCCUGGAUGUCUGAGCUCCUGACCCUAUCUCUAAGGCUGAGCCCAGGCACCUUGCGGAGAAAGCUAAUUUCGGCCGCUUGUAUUCGCGAUCUUGUUCUUUCGGUCACUACCCACAGCUCAUCACCACCACAGGUGAGGGUUGGAACGUAGAUUGACCGGUAAACUGAGAGCUUUGCCUUCUCGCUUAGCUCUCUCUUCACUACAACAGACCGGUACAGCGUCCUCAUCACUGCCGACGAUGCCCCGAUCCGAGAGCGAGUGUUUUUUGCAUUUACCGGAAAUGGCCUCCUGUUCUCAACCAGAGAAAAACUGACUCACUCUAAAAACCCUGAACAUAGUGACUCACUGCAAUGGAUGUAGAAAGCGUGGGAAGAGAAUCAAUGCGAAAUUCUUUGCACCCACAAGAGGGACAGCUUUUUAACUUCACCAUAUUUGGCCGUCAUCGGAGUAUUUGGCUCCGUAUGGCGGUGAUGGUUGUAGUAGUGGUGGUUGCGCUUCUGUCGAAGCCUGCCCGUGUUGCCCGCUGUAGAGCACAUCUGGAAAACAUCUGGAGCUCAUCAGGGACCGGGUGCUUCUGAAACUACCAUGGGAACAUACUAUUUUUAAAAGCUGAGUUGAAUAAUAGUCAUUAAGGGAACACUUCUUCUUGGGGAGGGGACAAGAGGUGAAAUAAAUGACACUUAACAAACAAA